AUGACCCCAUCGGCUAACUAUGCAGGCUUCCCUCCUCCGGGUCACUUUGGCAGCACCCAACACCCAUUGAACUACACGGAUCCCAACAACUACUUCGACACCGGUGCUGAGCAACAUGUCACUGACAACCGAGGGUCCGGUACUGGUUUUCUUCCCAUAUACAACCGUAACUAUAUUUUACCAAAUAUUCUUUAUAGUCCACAAAUCAUCAAAAACCUUUUGUCUGUUCGGGUUCUCACACAACAUAUCUAUCUCACGGCUUCUUCAGACACGUUCUUGCAGGAGAUUAUUAACAAACUCUCACGAGAGUUUGCUAUGACAGACUUGGGUCAAUUGCAUCAUUUUUUGGGGCUUCAGGUCACCUGCAACUCUCAUGGGUUAUUCUUAGAUCAGUCACAGUAUGCAAAAGAAAUCAUCUCUCGGGCCUCGAUGUCUUCUUGUAAACCUUGCACUACACCUGUCGAUCUUUCUGCAAAAUUGAGUGCCACAGAUGGAGACUUGUUUUCGGAUCCUACUUUAUAUCGGAGUUUGGCUGGCGCUUUACAGUAUCUAACUUUCACCCGACCAGAUACUUCUUAUGUGGUACAGCAGGUGUGUUUAUUCAUGCAUGAACCACGUGAUCCGCAUUAUGCUUUCCUGAAGCGUAUUCUUCGAUACUUACAAGGGACACUUGAUUAUGGGAUUCGGAUUGUCAGGUCCAAUUAUCAUUCUUUGACUGCAUACUCGGACGCCGAUUGGGGGCCUACUGUCUCUCGUUCUAGUGCUGAAGCAGAAUAUCGGGGUGUCGCCAAUGCUGUGGCCGAGGCCACUUGGAUUCGAAAUUUAUUACUAGAGCUGCAUAUUCCUUUGAGACAGGCCUCCGUUGUCUACUGUGAUAAUGUUUCUGCAGUCUAUCUAUCAAAUAAUCCAGUUCAGCAUCAGCGAACUAAACACAUUGAGAUUGAUAUCCACUUCGUGCGGGAAAAGGUUAAAGUUGGUCAUCCUCGUGUUCUGCAUGUCCCUUCAUCUCUCCAGUAUGCUGAUAUCUUUACAAAUAGCCUCUCCAGACAACUGUUUCAGUCUUUCAGGUCCAGUUUGAGCGUCUGUCCACUGCCCACUCAGACUGCGGGGGAGUCUUAG